GUAGAUGGAUUCACUUUAAGAGAAGGAACAGAGGAAGACGUAAUGGUAAAACUACAGAGAUGUCAAAAAGACACAAAUCAUAACCUACAAAUCUGGUGAUAAGGCAAUACUGCUUUAUGAAUCAGACACCUGCCAUUAGAUCACAAAUAUGUGUCACAUACCCCAUGCCAAACUUAACAAGGAAGCAAGUAGCCUGAUCUAUUAAAUAUUUACCCUAAUAUUUUUUAGAAAGUCAACUUAAGGAUAGAUUGAUUCAUGUUUUAGGCUACAAUAGCAACACACUAAUAUUAUCUCAAGCUCGUGGAAGGUUAUUUGUCAAAAUGAACAAAAGAUUUUCAUCAAUUCUAGUGUCAUAUUACUACUUGGUGUGUUUUCUUUUGUUUUCAAACCAUAGCAGAGAAAGGCCAGAAUAGUUAUAGUCAAUUUAAAACACAGGACGAGUUUGGCCCAUAUGACAGUGUACAUUACAAAAUACGUUUUUAAGUCUUGAAUGACCUUUAGAAAUUCAGUCACUCGGACAGUAGAGAAAUCUGCAUAGUUUAUCCUAGUCCCAUAGUGUGCGUGACGUAGGGUAGCACUUGGAUAACAACCAAUCAUUCUUGAGCAAGCGCACAGUGAAUUUUGCAUCUAGUUGGUAUAUACAUUUCACCUUCGCAGAGGCGCAGCAUUAUCGCUGAGUUUUCCAGAGAUAUUCAGUCAUGCCUGAAGUUGUGAAAGCGCCCAAGAAGGGCUCCAAGAAAGCCGUGUCCAAGGCCGUCAGCAAGGGCGGCAAGAAGAAGAGGAAGACCAGGAAGGAGAGCUACGCAAUCUACGUGUACAAGGUGAUGAAGCAGGUCCACCCCGACACCGGCAUCUCCUCCAAGGCCAUGGGCAUCAUGAACUCGUUCGUGAGCGACAUCUUUGAGCGCAUCGCCGGUGAGGCCUCUCGUCUGGCUCACUACAACAAACGCUCCACCAUCACCUCCAGGGAGAUCCAGACCGCCGUCCGCCUGCUGCUGCCCGGCGAGCUGGCGAAGCACGCCGUGUCUGAGGGAACCAAGGCCGUGACCAAAUACACCAGCUCCAAGUAGACCUCAUCUAGACCACUAACCCAAAGGCUCUUUUAAGAGCCACCCACUUCUACUAAAGAUCAUCUCCUGAUGUUACUACCUAGUUGUCUGGUAUACUUGAAU